AAUUUUUUAUCCUCUGUUUUUACCGAGUUAAUGCAUGUAGGAUGGGGACAUCAUAUGAUCUGCAAUAAGAAAUACCACUCUAUGCUGCCGUCUAAGGAUACCGUCGCCGCUUUUUUCAACUGCGACGCUAAUUGCAUCGACCCAAAUCAUCCAUCCAAAGAAGAACUUAGUUUGGUGGAAUUACAGGGUCAUGUCAUGCACGGUGUGUUCCACUGCAAUGGGUUCGGACAUCUCUUAUGCAUCAAUGGGGUGGAGACUGGAUCUGACUUGGCCGGACAUCAAAUCAUGGACUUUUGGGAUCGUCUUUGCACCGGCCUCCGAGAUAGGAAAGUGAGUUUAUGUGACGUUUCAAAGAAACGAGGAAUGGAGUUGAGGCUUCUCCACGGACUGGCGAACGGCAAGUCAUGGUUCUGUCGUUGGGGAUACGAGUUCGGCCGUGGAUGCUACGGCGUUACCCAGCCGGAAACGAAAAUGGGGUUGAACGGCGUAGUGAAGAAAGGAAUGGGUUUGGGGGAGAUGGCGUUCAAAAAAGAGGGAGGAGUCAUCAACCGGUUUCCCGGCCACAUGGCCGCCGCCACCCGCGCCAUCCGCCAACGCCUCAAGGUCUCUGACCUCGUCAUUGAAGUCCGAGAUGCCUGAAUUCCAUUGUCCUCUGCUCAUGAAGAGCUACAGUCUCUACUCUCAACCAAAAGGAGUGUUAUUGCUCUCAACAAGAAAUAUUUAGCUAACCCGAAUAUCCUCAAUAAAUGGGUAAGAUCUUUUGAAUCAUGCAAGCAAGAUUGUCUUCCAAUAAAUGCACAUGGCAGAAGUUCUGUUAGAAAGAUAGCAAAACCAUGCUGCUUCAAGUAGUGAACCAAACUAUGUUAUCUGUUAUGAUGAAAGAAAGAGAAAAAAAGGGAAACAGAAUAUGCACAUGCCUUUCUGGCAUUUUUGUCAUCUGCUAUGUUUGUGCCCUAUUGUAAUUGUAAUUUAUACUGAAAUGCCUGCUUUUAUGCUCAUGAUUGGACUGUGUCUCCAUCCCAAAAAUAUCAAACAUCAAGUAUAUGGAUCAUUGGUAAUCAUUGCAUUUGUGCACAGAUUCAUUCAUUUGU